AGCACCAGGCCGGAAGGAGGCCGCGGGAGGGCGGGAGGCAGGACUGGGCCCGGAGGUGCUGGGCCAGAGCGGCGGCGCCGCCAUGUCCGACAGCGAGAAGCUCAACCUGGACUCUAUCAUCGGACGCCUGCUGGAAGUGCAGGGCUCCAGGCCUGGAAAGAAUGUACAGCUGACAGAGAACGAGAUCCGUGGUCUGUGCCUCAAAUCCCGGGAGAUUUUCCUGAGCCAGCCCAUUCUUCUGGAGCUGGAGGCACCCCUCAAGAUCUGCGGUGACAUCCAUGGCCAGUACUAUGACCUUCUGCGGCUGUUCGAGUAUGGCGGCUUCCCUCCAGAGAGCAACUACCUGUUCCUGGGCGACUACGUGGACAGGGGCAAGCAGUCUUUGGAGACCAUCUGCCUGCUGCUGGCCUAUAAGAUCAAGUACCCAGAGAACUUCUUCUUGCUCCGUGGGAACCACGAGUGUGCCAGCAUCAACCGCAUCUACGGCUUCUAUGACGAGUGCAAGAGACGCUACAACAUCAAACUAUGGAAGACCUUCACCGAUUGCUUCAACUGCCUGCCCAUCGCUGCCAUUGUGGACGAGAAGAUCUUCUGUUGCCACGGAGGCCUGUCCCCAGACUUACAGUCCAUGGAGCAGAUCCGGCGUAUCAUGCGGCCCACAGAUGUGCCUGACCAGGGCCUGCUCUGUGACCUGCUGUGGUCUGACCCUGACAAGGAUGUGCAAGGCUGGGGCGAGAAUGACCGUGGCGUCUCCUUUACCUUUGGAGCCGAGGUGGUGGCCAAGUUCCUGCACAAGCAUGACCUGGACCUCAUCUGCCGGGCACACCAGGUAGUAGAAGACGGCUACGAGUUUUUUGCCAAGCGGCAGCUGGUGACACUCUUCUCAGCCCCCAACUACUGCGGCGAGUUUGACAACGCAGGUGCCAUGAUGAGCGUGGAUGAGACGCUCAUGUGCUCCUUCCAGAUCCUCAAGCCCGCCGACAAGAACAAGGGGAAAUAUGGGCAGUUCAGUGGCCUGAACCCUGGAGGCCGGCCCAUCACCCCACCCCGAAACUCCGCCAAAGCCAAGAAAUAGCCUCUGUGUGCCCGCCCUCUGCCCCAGAUGGUGGAUUGUACAGAAAUCACGUGGCUGCAGGGGGCUCAUGCUGGCCCCCCAGGCCCACCCAUCACGGGGACCACGGAGGCUUGGUGUAUCUUUCUUUUUUUAUGAAUCAGUAGCAGCAUCCACUCCCCCAGGGCUCUUCCCGCUUGUACCUGCAGCGGCUGCAGGCAGGAUCCUGGGGCUGAGGCUGCAGCUCAGGGCAAAGCAGGGCCAGACGGGAUCUCCAGCCUUGCUUGGGCUCAGGGCUGGCAGCCAGAUCCUGGGGCAACCCAUCUGGUCUCUUGAAUAAAGGUCAAAGCUGGAUUCUU